GAAAAAAAAAGAAGGUAAAACUGGGUGCGUGAGUAAGUCGCAAUCAAAGCCAAAAUCUGUGGGCGUGACUCGUGAGCGCGGGGGAUAAAGACAGCGCCUAGAAGAGCAGCAGCAGUCAGCACAUUUUCAUCUGAUCCGCUUUGUAUGCGAAGAAGAUGCGCUCUAACCUCGACUAAAGCUUUACACUUGGCCUUUUACUUUACACAUUUCCUUUCUCCAACCUUCUUUCGAUUAUUCUUCUCUCAAUCCUCAAUUUCUUAUCAAGCUUCUUUCUAUCUUAUCUUAUCCAAUCUCUCUCUCUCUCUCUCUCCGUCUCAGAUGGCUUUAUCGGCUCUAAUCUGUGAUACUCAGCCCUGGAAGGACUUGAAGGCUCAUGUUGAGGACAUUAAAAAAACUCAUUUACGCAAUUUGUUGGGCGACACUGAACGAUGCAAGUCCAUGCUGGUUGAAUUUGAUGGAAUCAUGCUUGACUACUCAAGGCAAACAGCCACUAUUGACACACUGGAUAAGCUCUAUAACUUGGCAGAGGCAGCUCAUCUCAAGGAAAAGAUUCAUCGCAUGUUUAAUGGAGAGCGUAUCAACAGCACAGAGAAUAGGUCCGUGCUUCAUGUUGCUCUUCGUGCUCCACGGGAUGCAAUUGUAAACAGUGAUGGAAAGAAUGUUGUACCAGAUGUUUGGAAUGUUCUUGACAAGAUUAAGGAGUUUUCUGAGAGGGUUCGCAAUGGUUCUUGGGUUGGAGCUACAGGGAAACCACUGACGGAUGUUAUUGCCAUUGGUAUUGGUGGCAGUUUCUUAGGUCCUCUUUUUGUGCACACUGCUCUUCAAACAGAUCCAGAGGCUAGCAAAUCUGCAAAGGGCCGCCAGCUGCGUUUUCUUGCAAAUGUUGAUCCAAUUGACGUUGCUAGAAAUAUUGCAGGCCUAAGCCCUGAAACCACCCUCGUUGUUGUGGUAUCAAAAACUUUUACUACUGCUGAAACUAUGCUGAAUGCACGAACUCUAAGGGCAUGGAUUUCAAGAGAACUUGGGCCUUCUGCAGUUGCAAAGCACAUGGUGGCAGUUAGCACAAAUCUUACGCUUGUUGAAAAGUUUGGUAUUGAUCCUAAUAAUGCUUUUGCAUUCUGGGACUGGGUUGGUGGCAGGUAUAGUGUUUGCAGUGCUGUUGGAGUGUUGCCUUUGUCUCUCCAAUAUGGUUUCUCAAUUGUUGAGAAAUUCUUGAAAGGAGCAUCAAGCAUUGAUCAGCACUUUUCUUCAGCGCCAUUUGAGAAAAAUAUUCCUGUACUUCUAGGUUUGUUGAGCGUAUGGAAUGUUUCAGUUCUUGGAUAUCCUGCAAGAGCCAUCUUACCUUAUUCCCAAGCUCUGGAGAAACUUGCCCCACACAUCCAACAGGUUAGCAUGGAAAGUAAUGGCAAAGGGGUAUCCAUGGAUGGUGUGCCACUUCCCUUUGAGACUGGCGAAAUUGAUUUUGGUGAACCAGGGACAAAUGGACAGCACAGCUUUUAUCAACUAAUUCACCAGGGACGUGUAAUUCCCUGUGAUUUUAUUGGUGUUGUGAAGAGUCAGCAACCUGUAUACCUCGAAGGAGAGGUUGUCAAUAACCAUGAUGAACUCAUGUCCAACUUUUUUGCACAACCAGAUGCGCUUGCUUAUGGGAAGACAGCAGAGCAGUUGCAAAAGGAGAAUGUUCCACAGCAUCUAAUUCCUCACAAGACCUUCUCCGGAAACAGGCCUUCUGUCAGUAUUCUGCUUUCGUCACUGGAUGCUUACAAAAUUGGACAGCUGUUGGCAAUCUAUGAACACAGAGUAGCAGUGCAAGGCUUCGUUUGGGGAAUCAAUUCUUUUGACCAGUGGGGAGUUGAAUUAGGGAAGUCACUGGCAACUCAAGUCAGAAAGCAACUCAAUGCAUCUCGUACAAAGGGAGAACCAGUUGAGGGCUUUAAUUUCAGCACUACGACAAUGCUAACAAGAUACCUUGAGGGAGGAAAUAUGACGGCACUACCGCUGAAAUGGUAAUUUGCUUGGCAGGAAACUUCGGAAGUGCCAGCCAAGCCUCAAACUCUUCUACCUCGGAUAUGAUCUUCAAAAACUACAUACUUCGGCUUGCUAUUUUGUCUGAUGAACUGGAGGUUGACUUAAUUUUAUCGGCUUAUUUUAAUAUCUGAGACAUGCUAUGUAUUGGCUGGGACCCAAGUGAUGUUCAGACUUCCCUAAUUUUGUGUUCUUUUUCAAACAGAAUCGAGUCUAUCAUGACUUUCUGCAUACGGUUUGACAUGCACAUUAACUACAUGAAGCUGAAUACACAUGAAAAAGUUUGUCUUA